GGAAGUGAGAUCACCCGCCCCAUGGGUGAAAGGUUGGCGGAAGUGCACUCCCUUCCUUCUUUGCUGUAGGCCCUAGUGGCUGCCGUCGAAAUGGGCAAGUUCAUGAAACCCGGGAAGGUGGUGCUGGUCCUGGCCGGACGCUACUCGGGACGCAAAGCCGUGAUCGUGAAGAACAUCGACGAUGGCACCUCGGACCGCCCCUACAGCCACGCGCUGGUGGCCGGCAUCGACCGCUAUCCCCGCAAAGUCACAGCCGCCAUGGGCAAGAAGAAGAUCGCCAAACGCUCCAAGAUCAAGUCGUUCGUGAAGGUUUAUAACUACAACCACCUCAUGCCCACCAGGUACUCCGUGGAUAUCCCCUUGGACAAAACUGUGGUGAACAAGGAUGUCUUCAGAGACCCUGCUCUGAAACGCAAGGCCCGGCGGGAGGCCAAGAUCAAGUUUGAGGAGAGGUACAAGACUGGCAAAAACAAGUGGUUCUUCCAAAAGCUGCGGUUUUAGAUAUUGUUUCUUGUUCCGCUCAUUAAAGACUUUAAAAAAAGAAGUUGUUUACCUGCUGCAUGUUUUAGCCCAUUGGGCAUUCACAGGUGGUGGCUGAGAGUCAAGAGGGGAGUUAAAGACAAGCUUGUGAGGCUGUCUUUGGCCUGGUUAUCUUUUCUUUUUAUUUUUUUAAGAUUAUUCAUUUUUAUUGGAAACAAAUUAUAUGCAUACA